CGGACGGAGAGCCGCACUGCACGCUGACAAGCCAGGACAGGGCGAGGCGGCGGUCCCGGUGUAUGCCCCCAUCCAUCAUCGCUAUGGGAAUUACCACAGCGUUGUCUGUGAAGCAGACCCUCACCUCGCAUCUAAAACCGGUUCACCUGGAGACACAGACUAUAAAACACUGCAGUGGAGACUGUCGCUGCUCAGAGCCGGGCUCAGCUUCUCUCCUCCGGUAAACUGAGGAGGACGAUGAUGAUGAUGAUGAUGAUGACUAACAUCUAUAGAUGAGAAGUCUUUCUCAGGCCGUCACCUUGGACGGCUCGACCUUCAUCUGUAUACUCUAAAUGAGGACCAUGCCUGCCAUGUGUGUAUCCGCAGUGCUCUUAUGUACAGUUGUGGUUGAUAUCUCAGCUCGGGUUUUGACCACAUCCAGCACAGAUGACCAGCCCAUUUUUUCUCAACGGCACUAUCAGCACACCGACCAAGACACGGGCACCCAGCUGGUCUGUGAUAAGUGCCCGGCUGGCACCUAUGUCUCCAUCCACUGCUCUCCAACUUCUGUGAGGGAAUGCAGCCCCUGUCCCAAAGGCACCUUCACACGGGGAGAGAAUGGAGUUCAGCAAUGCCAUCGCUGCAGGAGUCCUUGCCCAGCUGGCUUUAUUGAGAAAACGCCUUGCACAGCCACCCAGGAUCGAAUCUGCACAUGCCCACCCAAUACAUUCCUGUCAGGGGAUGGUGCUGCUGUGUGUAAGCCCCACUCUUUGUGCCCCCCAGGCAAGAGGGUGAAAAAGCAGGGCAGUGAGAAAAAGGACGUGGUCUGUAAGCAGUGCUCUGAGGGAACUUUUUCAGAUUUGAAAUCAAGUGCAACACAGUGCAGAAAUCACACAGACUGCCAGGUUCAGGGGCUGGUGCUGCUCUCACCAGGGACUAGAGAGAAAGAUAAUAUCUGUGGACCCCUUUCUACAGCUCCAUCCUCUGCCUCCACCACCGCUUCAGGUGGCUCAGGACUUUUACAGGAACCCAUUAUUUCUUCAAUCUUUCCAGCACCCCUGGCUGGACCUGCACAAAAAGGUACCCACAGCCAGUCAGCAGCCAUUCAGCUGAAGGAACCCCAGGGUGGAAAAAGCCAGCGAGCAGAAGAGCUCCUCCGAAGCCAUCCUGGCACUCUCACCCAACCAAAUUGGACUCCAGUUCUCCCAGCUCAUGAGGAACCAAUGGACCAUGAGUUGCAGAGGGGGCAACUGAAUUCUGAACCAAACCCAGGGCCUAACAAGAGGGCAAUGGAAGAUCUGGGGACUGAAGAAAUAGUCAAGGUUGAAACAAGCAUAAGAAAGAUUAAUGGACAAGAUAGCGCAGGUGGGGCCUCCAGCUCCUACAGGCCAACUCGCAGGGGAUUCCCAAGACCAAGCGCCCAUAAUCACUUUGACAUAAACGAGCACCUGCCCUGGAUGAUUGUACUGCUGCUGCUGCUGGUGCUGGUGGUGAUCGUAGUGUGUAGUUUGAAGCAGAGCUCUCAGGUGUUGAAGAAGGGCCCAAUGCAGGACCCGAGCAGCAUCAUGGAGAAGGCAAUUCAAAAGAAACCCCCUGCACCACUAACUCAAGUCCGAGAGAAGUGGAUCUACUAUGCCAACGGACAAG